UCGCACCAUCGAGAUCUUUUCCAACAACGGGACAACGGACGGGAUGGAGCUUGAAGCUAUGGAGCUUUGAAGCUUGGGACGAUUUGAUCCCUUCAACCACAUAGCGAGUAGAGAGGGUACAGAGCAGCGGACACGGAGUCGAGCCCGCGUCAGGAUGUUGUCCACUGUCCCGGCGGACCUGAGAGGCGGUCAGCAGAUGGCCCUGCCUGGGCCCGCGAGUCCGUGCUCCCUGCCCCUCUUGUACCAGGAGCGGGCGCAGAAGGGGUCCCCGCCCUGCAGGGAACAAAGGAAGGCUGCUGCCGGGCAGCCCCCGAGGGACCCUCUGCACACGGGGCCCGGCGCGGGGGGGCCCCCGAGGGACCCUCUGCACACGGGGCCCGGCGGCGUGCGGCACACGGAACCCCAGGUCCUUGCUGCAGAGAGACAUGGAGUCAGAAGCAAAGCCAAUGUUGUUAAAGAAGGGAGCAUGCUCGGAGGCCUGCAGUGGGCCCCCACGGCGGCACCCUCCCCGGCGCCCCCCGCAGGCCCGGCGGGGGAGCAGCUGGGGGCCCUGGAGCGGCUCCUGUCGGGCCAGCAGGCGGAGCUGAAGCGGCUGCUGGCGGGAGCGCUGGGGGCGCUGUGCCAGAGGGUGGAGGCGGUGGAGCGGGGGGUGGAGCGUCUCUGUGAGCAGGGCGUGGCCCACGCCGCCGGCCUCGGCCGCCUCGCCGCCCAGCUGCAGGAGCUCCGCGGCAGCCUGCCCGCCCGGCCCCCGUCACCCCCCCACACCCACCGCAGGGACGCUGGUUCAUUGGAGGCGAAGGACAAGCUUUUGUCACCGAGACCGCAUCCUGCGGGCAUAUCAGAGGCGAAGCUUUCGUCACCGAGACCACGUCUUUGUGGCAACGUGGUUGCCGUGGAAACCGGUCCGGCUGAGGGGAGUGUGGGAGUUUGCUCCUGGCAGACGCGCGCUCCCUCACCAUCCGGUCGCGGCUCGGCCCAGCAGAGUGCGUCAGCCGCAGGGGGCUCCGCCUCCCUGCAGAGGAAGGCCCCGCCUCCGGGCAUGUCGCAGGGGUGCCUGCCCGGGAACUACUCGCCCGUGUCGGACUUCGAAGACCUCGAGGUGGAGCUGGGCGUCGAGGGGCGAGACGCGCUGGGCUGGCUGCUAAAUUCGGAGAUCGAGUCCACGGACCGUGACGACGAGGAGGGGGCUCGUUCGGUCCCGCCGCUGCCCCAACCUUGGGACGGAUUAGAGGGGAGGCCUUCCGCGGCGCGCCUGCUCGCUCAGCGCGUGCAUUUCUCCCCUGACCUCCAGGCGCCUUCCAUGGCUGCCCUUCAGACCCCCAGCCGCCCCCCCGGCUCUUCGCCCCCCGGCUCUUCGCCUCCCGCCGACCCAGCGCAGAUCAGGACUCCCAAGAAAGAGCUCCCUCUGGGCACCUUUCCUGGUCCAGAAGUGGUGGGCUCCGAGAGGAGACUGUCCCCGUUACCGCAGUCUUUGAAAGCCGGCGGCGUUGCAUUAUGGGAAGGGAGGCCGGAUCACUCGCGCCAACUGACCCUCCUCCUGCCUCCGGGGUUACCUGGGGAUCGGCAAACCCCCGAAACCAGUACCUCCGACACAAAGGGUGAGGUGAAACCGGCACCCUGCCUCACAACACAGCCCCUGAUUACCAGGGACUGGCAGAGCCGGAAGGCAUCCGAAAGCGUGGGGGCGAGGUGGAGGGAAAGGGCAGACUCUCUGUCCAGCAGUGAGGAAGAGGAGGAUGUUGGGGUGGAGAAGAGGAAGAAGAAGAGGAAGAAGAGCAGGGGGGCAGGGAAGCCCCGCUCCGGAUCUGGUUUCAGAGACAGCCAGUCCCCCAGGUCACCGCCCUACGUGGGCCUGCUGGCGGCCAGCGGUCCACUUGCGGAGGAUGGCCAUGGGCGAGGGGCAUCGUUCGGGGGACAGGAAAGGCAAGCUGGCGACGUCCUGGGCCCUAUAUCUCUGGGGUCAUUCAGGCAGUCCCACUCGUUGUCCGGCCCCUACACCCAACUUAAGCCACUGGGCCUCGGGGCCUCCAGCCCGCCCCUGGCUCCUCUCCAGGAAAGCACUUUGUCGCCCCCUCUGGUCACCUGGACGGCGGGGAGAGGGCCAGACUGCCAGCUGAUGCCAUUUCACUCCUCUGGCCCGCCCCUGAGCUGGGUCUCUGCCGUUUCCCCGCCCCUUUUCAAACAGGCCACGCCCAGCAACGGGCGCUCCAAGCCGUGCCCGGGGAAGUCUUUACUGCUGCAGCUGUCCGAGACCGCUGCCCGCCUGUCCCCCCUCGCCGGGACCUCUCCCACGGACUGGCCCGCGCGCGCACAGCCUGGCAGCUUCUCCCACACCUUCAGCUCCAAGCUGCAGCACCACUGGGGCAAGCCCCUCUCCUCCCCAGGGUCUCCCGCCCGGACGGAGGGCGGCCAGGCCGCCGCCGGCGAGUCGGAGGGUGGGUCGACCCGCCAGUGGCUCCCCCUCCUGCCCCUGGAGCUCCACGUGGCCUCGCGAGCCACCCCCUUGCACCAGCUCCUGGGGUCCAGGUCCGCCCUCCGCCCUAGCCUGUCCCGGCUCUUCCAGACCAACACGCCGCCCGCCCCCUUCCCCCUGGCCAUCUUCAGCCAGGGCAGCUUCUCCAGGGCGGGCCUCCACACCGUCCUGGCCCUCUCCAAACCGGCCUUCUUCCGCCUUCUGGUCCGGCACAGGUGCCGCCUGCCCCUCCCGAAGCUGUCUCCCGUCACUCUGGACCACUUCCUGGGCCAGAUCCUCACCGCCCGAGACACGUACCCACCCCUCCCGCCCCUCCCUGACCGCACUGCUCCACCGGGCCUGGACAAUGACCACAGCUACGCACGACGGUCCCGCCAGGAUUCCUCUAGCAACAGGAGGAGGUCUCCUACCAAAGCCAAAGUCCCUCCAAUCAGGGCCGUGGACAGCGUUCCCUCCCGCCCCCCGUCUCGGCGCAUCUCUAAGGCCAGGCUCGCUGCAGACCGCGUGCGGCACCCAGCUGUCCUGGACCCGCCCCUGCACCGCCACGCCCCCAGUGAGCCGCCGCCUGGCUUCGUCCUCACCAGCGCCAACGUCAAGUACCCGGGUCUGCAUGGGCGCGGUGCUGCCAGAGAGGGGGCUCAGCCGGGCCAGCGAUCCAAGAGGGUGUCCCAGAUCCGUAUCCGUAAGACUGUCCCCAAACCGGACAAUAACCUCACACCAAUGGGACUGCCCAAACCACAGAGGCUGAAAAAGAAGGUGUUCAGCUUGGAGGAGAUUUAUACAAACAAAAAUUAUCGCUCACCAACUCCAAACAGGAGCCUGGAGACGAUCUUCGAGGAGCCGAAGGAGAAGAACGGAGCGCUGGUGUGCAUCGGGCAGCAGAAGCGAAAGCGUGUGCUGGACUUCCCCGACUUCACGCUGCCACGGAAACGGCGUGCCAGGGCCAGCCCGGGGGUCCUGCGGGGGCCGCGGGGCCGUGGCCGCAGGGGUCGCCCUGACGACGCCGACCUCGACAUCAUGCUCAUCGAGCGGCUGAGUGAGCUGGAGGACUUCUUCUCCCGCCAGGGCCUGGAGGACUGAGCCACCCACCCGCGCACACAUACAGAUUCACACGUACACUCAAACACACACACAAAUAUACAGAUUCACACGUACACUCAAACACAGACACAAAUAUGCAGAUCCACACGUACACUCAAACACACACACAAAUAUACAGAUUCACACGUACACUCAAACACACACAAAUAUACAGAUCCACACGUACACACACACACACACACACACACAAAUAUACAGAUCCACACAUACACUCACACGCACACAUAUAUACAGAUGCACACGUACACUCAAACACACACACAAACAUACAGAUCCACACACACUCAAACAUACAGAUUCACACGUACAGACAAACAUACAGAUUCACACACACGCAAACACACACACAAACAUACAGAUUCACACGUACAUGCAAACAUACACACAAAAAUACAGAUUCACACGUACACGCAAACAUACACACAAAUAUACAGAUUCACACGUACACACAAACAUUCACAUAUAAACGCAUACAUUGAAGUGCUGCGCAUUCUCAGUUUUUCAUCGUUUUCAAAUUGGGAUUUACUGCCACAUUAGAAUAAUUUGGUCUUUUUAAAUAUCUUAUUAUAUAAUUCAUGCAUGUUGCAUCAGUGUGUGUAUGUGAAAAAAAAAUUGUAUAUGAUAUGCUUUUUUAAAUGCUAAGAGACCUUGAUUAGGCAUUGAAGAAUUUAUUUUUGUGGUGACAUCACUGAACUGAUGCUCAUUUCUUGAGCUUUUACUCACUGUGAUAAACUGGUGGCCCAGUGCAAAGGUUCUGUGUGGGUGCACACUUCACUGAAUAUUGUGCUUAUUUUUCAUGGAGAAAAUAAAAGUAAUCAUGUUGGAUCAGGUACAGGACAGUUGAUUAUCAGUAGAAAACCAAAUGCAUGACAUUCAAACUCUCAUUUAUCAUUGAAAAAAAACUGAGAAUGCGGAACAUUCAACGCUCAACACACUACAUGCGACAGGCACGCAUAUGCGUGCGCAGCGCACUAAUGAACACGUGCACUUCCAUGUAGACGCAAGCACAUCACAGAUCAGAGUCACAAACCUGAGCACUUUUCCUUCUCUUACCUCGCCCUCCGUGCUGUCCUUGCCCUCCCAAUGGGACACCUUAUACCAAAUCCUCCUAAGCCAGCCCUCUGUCGGAAAUCUGCGCUUUUCUGUCGGAAAACUGCGGUCAGGGAAAACUUUCCUGGAAGUUCCCCCGGCACGAAACUGGCAGACAGGUGCAGCGACUAAACCUUAUCCUUGCACAAAGGAGGGAGGGGCUUGGGCUCAUCUUGUGUUCCUUUCUGGAACAUUCUUACUCACCUAGGGCUGUAGAGCUCUGAGGAGCACCUGGGCUGGAGUGAACAAUUCCGUGUGGAAUGCCAUUAGAAUUGGUGCAGGGUAUGUUAGACGGGGCUGACAGAAGAGUAUAUUUUACAGUAUUGGAGAAACUAUUUCCUGUGUUUUUUUUUUUUUCGUUUUUUUUCUUGUUUGUUUCUUUUCCCAGGCAGGUUGCCCACGUCCUGUGUGAGAACCCAACUACGUUGCUAAGCACCAACCCCAUCUGGACUCUUUCAAAAUGCCAAGCUUCAUUAAUGAAAUAUCUCAGUCCCCAAACCCAAAGGAAUCCCCCCUCUGGACCUCGGGACACAGCUCAACUGCUCCAGCGGCAGUCUGCACUCGUGUAUGGGCUUUGGGAAUGUGGGGGUCGUUCCUGUGGAUUGGGGAUAUUUUUUACAUUUGUGGUGCACCCUGCCUCCCUCUCUCCAGGCUUUUGAACAUGUGGAAUAAUAUGCAAUGUGUUCAUUCGUUUAUUUGUGUCUGUGUCUUCAGCUGGUAGUCCAAUAGCAAUUCCCUCAGUAGGGGGUCACCCUCCUCAGCUCAGAUUUUAGACUGGCAGGUAUGGACCUCCCUGUCUUCCCCUGCCUUCUCGUGUGGGAUGGAGCACACCCUGCUUGCAUUGACACUAAGGACUGGAUCUGGUGCUCACUGGAGUAGCUCACCAUAUCAGUGCAGACCUGAAUCCAAAUCCCUGAUUCAGACCAGACUCAGAAUCUCUGAUUCAGAUCAAAGAGCACUGGCAGACCAGACUCCGAACCCCUGAUUCAGAUCAAACAGCACUGGGUUUAGUGUAGAUCAGGCAUCAGAGUGGCAUAGUCGGGAAGCGCACACGGUAGGUCCGUGCCAUUAUAGCCUUUACCAGACACACACUGCUGUAAAUAUCCAGCUUGCAGGUGGAUAUUAUGACAGAUCAGCGCUAUAUCGUGUCCCCUUGAUAAGGGUAUCUUACUUCUCAAAAGAAAUGCGUAGAGCUCCCUGUGUGCUUGACUCCGCCCACAUAAGGCUGAAGGUGGAAGUGGUGAAUAUGGGGGCUGUGUUUGGAUAUCUUAGCUGGUGACCACCUUUAGGUGGGAGGAGUUUGGGAAAGCUUAUUAUGGGAUGCUUGAUUGCUGCUGGCUGCACUCCCCUGUCUAUGAUGGUUCUCCUGUACCAGACUGCUGCUACCCCGCAACCCUUUAUAUGUUAUAUUACUGAAUUAUGUGACUGAAUAUUGUGUUGAGGUUUGCGAUGUUGGAUUGUUUUUAUAUCGAGAUUUACAGUAUCCUUAUCCCCCCACUCAUUCUCAGUAUUGUGUUGAUCCGUCUCUCCGCAGUGGACGUGCGCACAAUCUUUAUUAUGUAAUAAUGUUGAAGACGUCCCUGUAACUGCAUUUGAGUGGGUUUUUUUAAGAACCCGCAGGGCAGGAGGCUAGCUGGACAUCAGUCUGAACGGGUGAGCUGCAGGUGCUGAACAUGAGUUAUUUUACAUGUAGCCCCAGGACUCAUUUACGGGUGGCCACCACAUGCUAGUAACCAACAGGAAAAUACAUCCCCUGGUUGUACACUUAAAUAAUUAUGUCAGUUGGUUUGUUUGAACAGCACUGUUGUAGACUGCAAUCUUUAAUAUGCUGUACCCUUCAACCUAUUUGCCACCCCACCCCCCCAGCAGCAGAACAGAUUGGCUGCUCGAGAAAGUGAUGGUGUUAUAACUUACACGGCGAGUGAUGUGAAAUUUACUUAAUUUGUUUAUAUUAUGUUUUCUUUUUCCUUUUGUGUGUUUUUUUUUUUUAAAGUGUCUAGUGCUUGUUUGGUUUUGUAUGUUACUGCGGGUACUCUGUAGACGUGUGUUUACAGUGGGUACUCUGUAGACGUGUGUGUAGAAGUGACACGUUUGGGCCACCCCACCGUCCCAUUCCCAUGGUUUUGUGAGGACAUUCAUUUGUUUUGCUUUCAUUAUUUUACCUUUAAUUUGUUCUCUGUUUGCGUAACAAAUGUUGGGCACCUUUUUAAGGUUUUGUUCCUUUUUAAGAAUCAACACACAGACCAACACUAAAGAUUAGUAUUGUUAAUCAUUGUGAUUUUUAAUAUAUAUUUUAUGAAUAAAAUAGUGUUGACAUUUGCUUAAAAAUA